CGCUGAUACGGACUACUCACCGUUACCGUCACCGUCGACGCCCCAACAAACCCCCCACCUGCCGUCACUCGCUCCCUCGACGGUCAACUCACUAUGUCGUUCCGCCCCGGCUCCCGCGUCUUCAGCGCCUUCCGCACCAACUUUCGCCAGUUCUACGCCCGCCGCCAUGCGUCGACCGCAGGCGCUGAGCCCGCCGGCUUCGCCAGGUUUUGGAACUCGCCCGUCGGCCCCAAGACGGUGCACUUUUGGGCGCCAGUAAUGAAAUGGGCCAUGGUAGCCGCAGGCGCCGCCGACUUCACGCGCCCCGCCGAGUCCCUCUCCCUGACGCAGAACUUCGCGCUCAUGUGCACAGGCGCCAUCUGGACGCGCUGGUGCUUUGUGAUCCGGCCCAAGAACGUGGCCCUGGCUGCCGUCAACGCGCUCCUAUUCUGCGUCGGCGCCACCCAGGUCGGCAGGAUCUACAGCUACAACCAGAGCCAGAAGCUGACUGGCGCUGAUGGACCGGGCGAUUUCGCGAAGCAGGAGGGCAAGGAGCUGGAGAGGGAUCUGAAGGCGACGGCUGAGAAGGCCGAGAAGAAGCUGUCGUAGAGCCUCAGAGGGAGGUGGAAUCUUCAUGGGGAGAAAGAGAGAGAGAGGGCUGGCAGUAUGCUGGCUUUGCUGCCUAGGGACACCAUGUUGGAGUGUAUAAUCUAUCUCGACCUACGAGCAUGGCACAGUCAAUCGAAGCUUCGGCGAUAUCACACAAACUUUUCAGUAUCAAG